GGAUGGUAUUGAUUUCUCCCUCUUCCCUCCUGACAGGAACUGAGCCGGAGGUGAGAAUGGAGCUGCUCUUGUCCACCCCUCACAGUAUAGAGAUCAACAACAUCACUUGCGACUCCUUCCGCAUCUCCUGGGCCAUGGAGGGUAGUGACCUGGAGCGGGUCACCCACUACUUCAUCGACCUCAACAAGAAGGAGAAUAAAAACUCCAACAAAUUCAAGCACAGGGACGUCCCCACCAAGCUGGUGGCCAAGGCAGUCCCCCUGCCCAUGACAGUGCGAGGCCACUGGUUUCUGAGCCCUCGCACCGAGUACAGCGUAGCGGUGCAGACUGCUGAGCAGAGCGAUGGAGAGUACUUGGUGUCCGGCUGGAGCGAGACGGUCGAGUUCUGCACAGGAGAUUAUGCCAAGGAGCACCUGGCCCAGCUUCAGGAAAAAGCAGAGCAGAUUGCCGGCCGCAUGCUUCGCUUCUCCGUCUUCUACCGCAAUCAGAACAAGGAGUAUUUCCAGCAUGCUAGGACUCACUGCGGAAACAUGCUGCAACCCUAUUUGAAGGACAACAGUGGCAGCCACGGAUCUCACAGCGGCAUGCUCCACGGGGUCUUCUUCAGCUACACCGAGUUCAACACCGGUCAGCCCCCCCAGGACUCCCCCUACGGUCGCUGGCGCUUCCAGAUUCCCGCCCAGCGCCUCUUCAACCCCAGCACCAACCUCUACUUUGCGGACUUCUACUGCAUGUACACGGCCUACCACUACGCCAUUCUGGUGCUGGCCCCCAAGGGCUCCCCGGGCGACCGCUUCUGCCGGGACCGGCUCCCUGCUGACCUUGCUUGCAACAAGUUCCUGACCUGCAGCGUAGAGGAAGGGGAGCUGGUGUUCCGCCACGCCCAGGAUCUCAUCCUGGAGCUGAUCUACACGGAGCCCGUCGACCUGUCGCUGGGCACCCUGGGAGAGAUCAGUGGCCACCAGCUCAUGAGUCUCUCCACUGCCGACGGCAGAAGGGACCCCAGCUGCAAGACCUGCAACAUCAGUGUGGGGCGCUAGGGACUUUGAGGGGCCGGAUGGGUAGGAGGUGAGGCAGCGAGGAGGACAUCGCUGGAGCGGAAAUGGACGGGACUUGCCCCAGGGAGCGAGACUUCUCUUUCUCUCUCUCCCUCUCUCUCUCUUCUCCCCCCCUUUCUUCCCUCCUUCUCUCUCUGAUCCC